AAAUAUGAAGAACCGAUAGAGAUUUUGUACGAUGUUUUACGCCUGGAGAUCAUUAUUCCGAUCCCGACAUCGAUCUCAGCCGGCAAUCUGUUCCGAAGCUGUUCCCGUUGGGUUUCGGACACGCCGCUUCGUAUCCAGCCGAUCAAACUGUGCCGGUCUCAUGGACGAAGCCAACAGACCCGUCGACAAAAACAUAGAUGUGAUUAGGAGUUCUUUUGGAGAAACAUAUGCCUCGAGGUGCGAAGAAGAAGGCUAUGGCGGCAUUUACGGACAGAACCAGUCUCUCCUUCUCGAGAAAGAAGAGAUAGUAGUCCAACAUCAUCCCUCUGAUGACGCUUCUAAGACGGGCACAAGGGCUGGAGGUGAAGAGGCCAAAGCAGAGCAGAAGACCGAACAGCCAAACACCUAAGCGACUAUAAACCAUAACCACUUCCCUUUGUAAACCAUGUAACAUAUGUACCAAAAAUACAUAUAUCUAUAUAUACAUGGCUGUAAUAUAACACUCAUAUAUAUCUAUACAUAUAUGUAUCUGUAUAUAUAUAUGUAAAGCAUCAAUUUCCUUUUAUACUCAUCUGUUAUUGGGUUCAAAAGCAAAUGCGAUGCACGUUUGUAC